AAAUCCAGUCAGAGCUGCGUACAUGUGAGUCGCGUCGAUACAGGCAGCUGUAUCUCAAUAGUAUUGACCAGCGGACUCAGGUGAUUUCGCGGUCUUGUAGAUAACCGGAGAACACACGGUCAUUCAACAACAGCUGAUUUUACAGAUUCGUGAAUUCACGUGCGGUGAUUAUGGUGAUGUUUUAGACUACAGAACGGACAUCAGACUUGGAUGCAGUUCAUGUUGGCACAUAUUAAAUAAACAUUGAACCCAUUGUGUAGAAAACAUCACCCUUCAUAUGCAUGUGAUACAGAAAAAGAAGAUAACCAUAGCAACAUGGAUGUCAUGAAUCAUCGUGAGGAAGUACACUUACAAGAUGAUGACAAACAAGAAGAAAAAACUAUGAUUUUCUUGAAUGAUGAUAGAAAUCAUGAUGUAAUUACCAACUUGAAACCUAAAAUGAUGAUGGACAAGAAGAAUAAUGAUAAAUCUGAUAGUGAUGAAGAACAUCACAAAGAUGAGAAUGGCUGCCACGGUGAUGACGAUUGCAACUCUGAAUUUGCAGCCUCUGCACUGGGACAACCUGCUACUGCAGAUGUUAAAGGAAAAUGUGAUAGUGAUGUUUCCAUGGUUACAGAUGGUUGCUGUGAUAGCAGUCAUUCCACCUCCUCUUCAUCAGUAAGGUCGGAAGAGUUGCAUGAUGAUGGUGAUGAUGAUGAGAUGCAUUGUGGGAAUGCAAGCAGCCAUGAAGAUAUGCAAAUGAACUAUGAUGAUGUCAGAGAAGAUGUCAGGGGCAGUGAUAGGAGUUCAUGCAGCCAGGCAUCCAAGGAGAGUUUGGAUGUACAUAGAAUGGAUGAAAAUGAACAAAGGCAUCUGGAAGAAAAAGAAAGCUUUUCGGCAUCUAACAAUGAUAUGUUUAAUGAAGAAGAAAUAUAUGUAAAUGUUGAGGACAACCUGAGUACAAAACAUCAUGCACAAGACAAUUCUAGGAUAAAAAACAAGUUUACAUUUAAUAAUAGUUUUCCCAGUGAGAGUAGGACACCUAAGAAUUACCACAACGGUUGUGUACCAUCAAGUGAAAGUCGGAUACCUCAACCUGUGCAAAGAAGGUCCCUGAGCAGUCGAUUCAGAAGAUGUGCCAGUGUCAGUAGCGAAGGGUGGAAUAGAGGGUCGGUUGACUCGCUGUCUGCAAGACAGAGAUCACCAAUUGAGCAGCCCGACUGGGUGGUGUUCGAGAAAGAUGAAGGAAAAUUGAUGAAUGCACAGAGAUGUCUUUUAGCAAGACACGAGUUUGCAGCAACGCAUUACUUGUAUGGGACAAAAUCGAACACAGUUCGCCAAAAAGAUGUGGGACGGUGCAGUAGUUUACGUAGUCUUAUAGAUAUGAGAUCUGAUUCGGAGCCAGUGCAGAAAUCAACAUUGAAACGCCGGCGAAGUUUGAAAAGUCCUUGCAUUGAGAGAAGAAGUCCAGAGGCAAUUUUGACAAGCCCAGAUCUAAGACAUGAGAAAUCAGAGAUGAAAUAUUCUGAGAUGAAAUGUACAGAUUUGAGAGCAACAAGUCCAGAGUGUAAAACAAAGAGCCCUGAUAUGACCCAUAAGAAUCUUGACUUGAAACGCAUGGAACUUAAGAAAUCAAAAUCAUUGGAGAAGUCUCCAUUUGGGAACCCGAUGGAUUCCAAUCCAUAUGGAGCUUCAGUUCCGUAUAUGACUCCGCUCCAACAGAAGGAGAGACAAGUUAAAGAGCUGAACAGGAAAGUGAGAGAACUUGAAGAACUUCUCGAAAAUAAAGAUGAAGAGAUUACUUACUUAAAAGAGGAGCAUAAAAUUGAACUUGAAACAUUCUUUGCUGACAAAGAAACCGAGUUUGAAAGUUUGAAAGAAGAAAUAGAAAAACAGAACGAUCUCUUAAAAGACAAAAAUGAAAAAGUCAUUCAAGAAUUAAAAGAUGAAAUUCAGAUGUUGGAAAAGGUAAAAAAUGAUGAAAUCUGCAGAAGAAUGGAUACAGAAAAGUCAUUGAUCGAAAGACAGACUAUAAUCGAAAAACUUGAACAUACAAUGAAGAAAAUGGAGGUUGAAUACAAGGACCGAGAACACCUGCAUCAACACCGGUACUUGGAAAUGUAUAAAAAGGGACAGCUCGCGCAAGAGAUGGAGAUGGAGGAGAACAUGAUAUUGGAAGCGGCGAAGAACCCACAGAACAAGAAUGUGAAAGAUUUACUUCGAAAACUUGAAAAGACCCAGAUCGAACUCGAAAAACUCAAAGAAUCACGACGAAAGGAGAUAUAUGAAGAAGCACCACAUAUAAAAAGCGAUCCGGAAGCCAUAGUUGAGCUACUGAGCAGCUCGUUUUAUUAUUACUUGAUCGGUCGGGAUGCCAAGACUAAUCUCCGAGCUAUUAUGUCGAUUUUAAACUAUAGUGAAGUGCAGAAACGAACUAUUUUGAAUUCGCUGAAGAAAAAAGAAAAAUAA